AUGUUAAAUCCAUCGUUAGUAUCUCCGAACAAAAAAUGUAUUAUGUGCAAACUAAAUACGAUUAAGUAUACAUGUCCACGUUGUCAAAUAAAAACGUGUUCAUUAGAUUGUUGUUUAAAACAUAAAAAACAUUUUAAAUGUAAUGGUCAACGAGAUCGUGUAUCAUUUAAAUCUUUAACAGAUAUGAAUGAUCUUGAUUUAUUAUCCGAUUAUCGUUUACUAGAAGAAAUAAAUCGAAGAGUAGAAAUAACAAAACGAGAUCAUUUUAUAAAAUCUGGUCUUAAUGAACAAACACGUUAUCAAAAAUUAAUACAAACAAAAUUGAAAACAGAACAUCAAAUUCAAGUAUUAUUUCUACCAAAAUUCUCGACAAAACAUAAAUCGAAUAAAAUGUGGAUGGAUAAAGUGACAAAUGAAAUAUAUUGGCAUAUUGAAUGUAAAUUUUUUAUUAAUGAUGAGUUCUAUGAAUGGACAACUAUUCGUAUUCCAACUUCGAAAACUACACUGAAACAAAUAUUAUUAAAAUUUCAUUCUGACUUGAUUAAAACUCAUCUUUAUGUGGACAUUAGUAGUGAUAAUGAGAAAGAAUUAAGUGAAAGAUUAAAUGAAUUAUCAUCAAGUGAAUUACAAUCGUUGAGAGAAAAGAAUUUUUUCAAAGAUUUGAAUCAAUUAUCGGUAUGGAUUGAAAAUUUUGGUAUAAAACGAAAAGGAUAUGGACAUUAUGAAGAAAAAUCACAACAUAUUGAUUUUAAAACCGAUACUAUUGAUAAAAUAUUUAAAGAUCGAACUAUUAUUGAAUAUCCAACUCUAUUUAUAUCAUUGACAGAUGAUACAGAACUCAUGAGAAAUAAAUUAAAUAAAACAGAACGAACUGAUGAUAUCAGUAUGAAAGAAGAAGGAGAGCUUGAAUCAGAAGAAGAAGAGGAGAAAAAGGAUAAAUCUUAG